AGCAAGAGGGAUGACGUGGCUAUGAACAUUUUCCAGGAUUCAAACCCUAGCUUCAGCUUCAGAGGCGCCGCCUCUCACAUUCAUCUUCUACUUAAAUCACUCACUCUCGCUCUCACUAAUAUUCCUAGGUCAGCUCGAGAAUAAAAUUGUGGAUAAUAUGAUAACACCAUUGAAUGUUCUUAAUUGAAUAUUCAAUGGCAGUUUCAUAUCUUCAUUUUCCGCAACCUUUGAACGUCUCUUCCAGAGGUCGUUUUUCUAUUUCCAGUUCUGAUUACGGUAGAGGCUCCCUUAAGAGAAGGAGCACUUGCCUUGUUUUAGCUUCCAACAACAAGGUCGGCAUGGUUGAAACAUUAUUAGAUAGUGUAAAAUGGGAUGACAAAGGUCUAGCAGUGGCAAUAGCUCAAAAUGUUGACACCGGAGCCAUAUUAAUGCAAGGCUUUGCCAACAGGGAUGCUGUGGCCACAACAAUUUUUUCUCGAAAGGCUACAUUCUACAGCCGUUCUAGGUCAACAUUGUGGACAAAGGGAGAGACCUCAAACAAUUUCAUCAACGUGCAUGACAUCUUCAUUGAUUGUGAUCGAGACUCUAUAAUCUACCUUGGGAUGCCUGAUGGUCCUACUUGCCAUACAGGGGCAGAAACAUGCUAUUAUACAAGAGUUUCUGAAUCUUUAGAACAUCUUGAGAGUGAAAUUGAAGAGAACAAAUUGGCACAAACCACUUUAUAUUCGUUAGAGUCGACAAUUUCCCAGCGGAAGGCAGAAUUAGAAGUGCCUCUAAGUGGAAAGCCAUCCUGGACUAGACGAUUAUUACUUGACUACAAGUUGCUAUGCUCAAAAAUCAGGGAGGAGGCAGAUGAGCUGUGUCGAACACUCGAGGAGAAUGAGGAGAAGGCGCGGACUGCUUCAGAGAUGGCGGAUGUGCUUUAUCAUGCCAUGGUUCUUCUUGCAGUCAAAGAUGUUAAGAUGGAAGAUGUUCUACAAGUUCUUAGGCAUAGAUUCUCCCAGUCAGGAAUUGAGGAGAAGAAAAGGCGUGCUUCUCAGUGAUAAGCAUGAACUGAGUUAGUUGCAGGUUCAGUGUUAUAAUCGGGGAUAUAAUGUAUUAUUCAUCUUCACAUCCCUCCCACUUGGCUCUCCCAACCUCAAAUGGUUUUCAGGCUAGGUCUUGCUUCCCCUUGAGCACUUGUAUGCUAGAUUUAAUUAAAACAAGAUGUGAAAAAUAAUUCCAAGCAAAAAAGAAAGUGUAAAAUAAGAUUGUGAAUCGAGAAUAAUAAAGAAAGAAGUUUGGUUGUA